AUGGAUUCAUCGGAUGAAGAAUGCAAUAAUUCUUCUCUUAAAAUUAAUGUAGGACAAACCUUUCACACAUGGGAGGACGCAGAAAAAUUUCUAAAUGAAUAUGGAUUGGAAAAAGGGUUUAGUAUUCGAAGAAGACGUACUGAAAGUCAAAUUUCGGAUAAUGGUAAUAAAAUGAUACAAAGAGUUGGCUGGGAGUGUGGUAAUGCAGGUAAAAAUUUUUCAAAAACUACAUUGAUGAUUUCUUUUACUACUGUGUUUGAUGAACACAAUCAUACAAUGAUACCUUCACCUUCGGCUAAUAUUGCUAAAUAUCGUAAACUUGGUGAAGAUAUGAUUCAAUUUAUUAAAUUUUGUGUAGAUGGUAUAACAAGUGCACAAAAUAUUGGUCGUCUUUUGAGAGGAAAAUUUCCUGGAAGAAAGAUUCAUCAGAAAAAUCUUUAUAAUGCUAUUCAAGCUGCAAAAAAGAAACUAGGAACAGGAAAUUUAAUACCAAGAGUUGUAUUCACUGAUUUUGAUCCAGCAAUGGCUAAUGCAAUAUCUUUAGAAUUUUCAGAUUUUAUUCAUUGUUUAUGUUCUAAGGUUUAUAAUCCAAUAUUACAAGAAAUUAAUAGUACUCAACAGAAUUAUGAUCGAGCUCAAGGUUUAAUCCAAAAAUCAAUUAAUAUAGCAAUUGCUGUUAAUUCUUAUGAUAAAUUUAUAGGUAUUUGUCAUGGAUUUAUAUUGGAUAAGCAAAGGAAUCAAAAAUUAAAAAUAGAAAUAGAAGAUGUUGCUAAUAUUAAGAAUCCUAUAAUUACUACAUGA